AUGCCCGCCGGGAUGUUCAGCAUAGACAACAUCCUGUCCGGCCGGCCGAGCUGCAAGGAGCCGCUGCUGCUGCACCGGAGCGGCCCGGUGGUGCUGUCCGGCUUGACAGACUCUCUGUACGCCGACUACAACGGACUGUACUCGGCCGCAACCGGACCCUCUCCCCCCGCGGUUCAGUCCGUGAACGGGACCAGGAUAGGAUAUAACGGCUACUACUACGGACAGCUGCACGUCCAGGGCCCCGGAGGGCCGCCGUGCUGCGGCUCCGUGCCCAGUCUCAGCCCGCAGCAGUGCCCCUGUAUCCCGGCCGGCUAUGACAGCGCGGGCUCAGUGCUGAUCUCGCCGGUCCCUCACCAGAUGAUGUCCUACAUGAACAUGGGCAGCCUGUCCCGGACCGAGCUGCAGCUCCUCAACCAGCUGCACUGCCGCAGGAAGCGGCGGCACCGGACCAUCUUCACGGACGAGCAGCUGGAGGCUCUGGAGGGCCUCUUCCAGGAGACCAAGUACCCGGACGUCGGGACCCGGGAGCAGCUGGCCCGCAAGGUCCACCUCCGGGAGGAGAAGGUCGAGGUUUGGUUCAAAAACAGACGCGCCAAGUGGAGGAGGCAGAAACGGUCUUCGUCAGAGGAAUCGGAAAACUCACAGAAAUGGAGCAAAUCGACGAAAACGUCCGCGGAGAAAACCGAGGAGAGUAAAAGCGAGGUGGACUCAGACAGCUGA